AAACCGGUGGUUUGGUGACUUCGGCUCGUCGAGGUUGGCAUUCGUGCCGGUUGACAAUUCGACUUGAAAUAGUACUGACUAAGCUUAUAAAAAUAUACAUGAAUUUUUUACAAUGUCCAAAGAUAAAGCAAUACUAUUGAGGGUGCAGUCCCCCGAAGGCACAAAGCGGAUCGAAGUCAGCGCUUCGGACUCCACGUGCAAGUUAUUCGAGCGCGUCCACGACUCUUUUGACUUGAGCAGUUUUGCGUUCGCUUUGUACAAAGAACGGAACCAGAAAAAUGAGAUCCCCAGCAGCAAAUCGCGGACUGUGGCUGGCCUGGGCCUCCGCCACGGCGACAUGAUCUAUCUGUGCCCCCUAAACGGGGCUGUCUUGUUCCCCACGGGGAACAACACGCCGUCGGGUGAGCCUGUCCCGAGGGAACCGACCCCGUCUACAAGCUCCGGAGUGAGCAAUUCGCGACCAAGCAGCAGUGUUAGCCUCAACUUUAAGCAAACGGUUAAGGAGGACCCAGUGGACCUCCAGUUGUAUAAACUUGACGGCAAGAUCGAAAGGAAGCAGGACCCCAAAUUAUGUCGCCACAAUAGCAACUCUCGCUGUGUCCACUGCUCGGCCCUGGAGCCCUACGACGAGGCUUAUUUGCGCGAACACAACGUCAAACAUUUGUCGUUUCACGCUUAUUUGCGUAAAAUGACGUCGGGAGUGGACAAGGGCAAGUUUUUGGCCCUUGAAGACAUCUCCUGUCGGAUCAAAAACGGGUGCAAAGACCACCCACCAUGGCCCAAAGGGAUCUGUUCAAAAUGCCAACCCAAUGCAAUCACUUUGAACCGCCAAGUCUACAGACAUGUCGAUAAUGUCGCUUUUGAAAACAAAGACUUGGUCGAGCGAUUUUUAAACUAUUGGAGGUCCACAGGACACCAAAGAAUCGGAUUUUUGUACGGCAAUUACGAAAUUCACAACGAUGUGCCUUUAGGUAUCAGAGCCAAUGUCGUGGCGAUUUAUGAGCCCCCUCAGGAAAGCAGUCGCGACUCCAUUCACCUGUUGCGGGACGACAAAGAGGAAAUUGUGGAGGAGUUGGCUCAGAAUUUGGGGCUGCGAAGAGUCGGCUGGAUUUUCACCGAUCUCAUCCCGGAAGAUGUCCAAAAGGGCACAGUUAAACACUUAAGACAUAUUAAUAGUCAUUUCUUAUCAGCAGAGGAGUGCAUCAUGGCUGGGCAUUUCCAAAACAUGUACCCCAAUCCCUGCAGAUUUGCCUCGGGGGGCUAUUUCGGCUCGAAGAUUGUCACCGUUUGCGUCACAGGGGAUAAGACGAACCAGGUGCACAUGGAGGGCUACCAAGUGUCGAACCAGUGCAUGGCGCUGGUGCGCGACAACUGUCUUUUGCCGACGAAGGACGCCCCCGAGCUCGGCUACGUUCGCGAAUCUUCGGAUAAGCAGUUCGUCCCCGACGUGUACUACAAGGAGAAAGACAACUACGGCAACGAAGUUUCCCGCCUCGGCCGCCCCCUGCCAGUCGAAUACCUCCUCCUCGACGUCCCGGCCUCCACCCCCGUCACCCCCACCUACACCUUCAACUGCGACCCCUCUAAACAACCCUUCCCAGUGGAGAACCGCUUCAUCGACGGCGAAAUCCAAGACUUCAACGCCCUCAACCAAUACCUGUCCCAAUUCACCUCAAACGAAUUCUUCACAGCAAUCAACGAUUUCCACCUGUUACUCUACAUAGCCACCAUGGACAUGCUCCCCAUGAAGGAGUACAUGGGGCCGCUACUCCACGCUUUGCGAAACCGGGACGCGGCGGCUGCCGAGGAGUGGUCCAGGAGCGAGCACUGGGCCACCAUCGAGCAGCUAAUCGCCGCCAGUUCGCCGCCCCCGUCCAGGCCGGGCAGCGUGGCCGGGAGCGUGAACGUGGGGGCGGGGUCCUCGAGCGGGGUCCAGGCGAAGUGGACGUGCCCCCACUGCACGUUCCUGAACACUUCGGAUGUGAGCAAUUGCGAAAUGUGCAGUCUUCCGAGGUCCACGUCCCACUGAGGUUCGAGCAAUUGAGUGUUAACACAGGGGGUAACAAGUUCGUUUCAGAUUUGCACGAGGUGAUUGAAUAUUAUUUAAUGGUUAUAGUACAUGUAAAUCUUUAGUUUUUAAUCUCAUUUUUUCUAAAUUGCGUAACGGCGACUAUUUAUUGGUUUUGUUCUAGUUACUGUAAAUAAAUGAGUCGAGUCUU